UCUAAACGUUAGUAUGGCAAGCUGGUAAUUUUAUCUUUCUUGGUAUGGUCACGUUGACGGUGAUAUGUAAUCUAACCUUUGAUAUUCUGACGUUUGGAAAUUUGACGGCGGUGUUAUUGCAAAAAUGUAAUGCACAGUGAAUAAUUGAUUCUCCUUGUUUGUUCUGCAUAAAAGACUAUCAGGCUCGGGCGUAAUGUGCGAUGCGACAUUUGGUCUAGGUUUCUUUUGCAAUCAUUUAUUUUUAGCACAACAAGAAUUUCUUAAGACGCGAAGCUCUCCUCUGCUCGUCAGUUAUACUAUUUUUCAAGCAUAUAAACACAGGUGCAGUGGCACGCAAUAUCCUGCUAAAUAUUUUAAUCGCUCUGUUACGCGACCAUAAGACCAGGUAGUAUUAGGAUCAAUUGGUCGCAUUAAAUAUAAUGUUCGCAGAAAUAGGAGCAGAAGGCUAUCAGCCAAUGACAAGUUUCGUAGAAGAAAACCUGUUCAAGCUGCAAUGUUUGAUUAAGGCAACAGAAAUACAACACAGUGCUCAAUGCGAAUAUGGAAAGAAAUUAUUUUUAGCCCUCACAACUGGGAAUGCAGAAAUUUUUUUGUAUUACAAAAAGGACUCUACAUGUGCUCCAAUUAUUAAAAGAAUUCCUUGGUUUCAAGGGUCUCACAAGGAAAUUUCAACAUUAUGUUUUCAUUCUACGGGAUCAUGGUUGCUUGCAGCAAGUGUAGAUGGAUCCGUGUAUAUAAUUCCUGCUCUGUGCUUGGUCGAUAAUAAUUGUGACAUAGACCAAAGAUGGACCAGCGAUGAUAUAACAUCUUUUCCUUCUAUUAGUUUGCAAUCCUCUCAUUCAAAACCCACCGCAAUAGUAUGGUGGCAAGAUACAGUAACGUCAGCUGAAAUUGGUAUUAUUGGAACCGAAUAUGGAGAGAUUAUAUUUAUAAAUCUUGAAAGUGGUCAUCAAACAAUUGUUGCGCGUAUCAAUGGGAAUAUCGCCAGUCUGCAUAUUUGUUGCAAUGAAAUUACCAAUAGGGUGUCUCUCUUGAUAACAAGUCAAUCCAAACAGCAGUGGAGAUUACUUUUAAAGCAGCAUGCCUACAGUUGUUUGCAACAUUUAGAAAAUGGAGAAACUUACAAUUCGUUACACGGGAGCGAUAAUACCUAUGAUCCCACAAAAACGUUUGCUGCUACUAGAUCCAGAUUGCAAGGUCUCACCCAACUGUCCGCCAAGAAUAUUGGACGACUUAGACGAAAAUUUAUAGAAAAAAAAUAUCAGAGUUUAGAUAUGGCAAAUAAUCGUAAUACUCAUAAUACAACAAUUAAUUUUGAUUCGUCCGUGGAAGUGAAUCAGAAUCAAAUAACACCUGAACCAAUAUCAAAUAACACUUUCCUCUUAUCACAGUCAGAUAGAGAUGGUCAACAGUUGUAUACAUGUUACCAUGCUAUUACAAAUCAUAUAACAGUACAUGGACCUGAUUUUUCUACCGUACCUUUAUCAGUGCAUAAACUGUUUGAAUCAUGUAGAAAUGUUUUACUAACUCAACGUUUUUUUUUUAUUACUGACUCCAGUCAACGUUUAAUAUAUAUAAUAUCGGACAGAUUAUCCGAAACACGUGCAAAUGAUAACUGUAAAUUUAAUCCAGAGUCCAUCAUCGGUCACUUUUCUUUAGCGAGUAGUAAAGAAGUGAUACGCGCUGUAUACAGAGCUAUCGAUUUCACGCAUAAUUCAUCGACACCAGUUUCUCAAGAUACUAAAAGCAAAUACACAUUACCAAAGGGAAUAAAAGAUAUCGAAGUUGAGUUGCUUCAGGUGGAUACUUGUAUAAUUGUAACAAAUCAUUCUGUGUAUAAAGUUGUUCUGAGAAAGUCGGUGGUAUCAAUUUUUAUGGAACUAGUAUUGAAAGAUAAUGAACCCGAGAAAGCGAUAAAAUUGGCUCUGGUAUUUGGCAUUAAUGCGCAACAGUUACUAGAACAAGCCAGCGACAUACUUUUGUCAAAUAAACAAUUUUCGCGCGCUGUGGCUUGCUAUAAAUUAUCGAAAUGUAAAGUAUUGAAGAGUGUAUUAAAGUAUGCAUCCGUUGGAUAUACGGCGAACGUGUUGAGGUGUCUCACACAGUUUUUAGCCUCUCCAGCAAUUAGUAAGCUGCCUGUCACAACAAGAAUUCAUCUUUCUAACUUAUGUGUACUUGCGUUUAUUGAAAUGACGCUUAGAGUACCACCUCAAAAAUCUAGAAUUACUUACAAAGAGUUUUUACAUUUCCUAUCUACAAAUCCUUUUUAUGAUGAACUGUUAGCGGUUAAUAUUUCUGGUCAAACGUGUCUAUGGGAAGUCUUGCAUCACUUAGCUACACAGAAAUGUCUUUAUGGACAAAUGUUGGAAGUACUCAUGAAGACAAUACAUUCUUUCAGCACAAACAAUUUUCAUCCGACAUCGUAUGGUAUGUUAAUAUGCAUAAGCGAACCAAGUUUGAUACAAGCGAUGUUAGUGAAUCCUGAGUUAGCUAGAAGUCAUAUGUCGUUUAUUCUUGACGGUCUUCAAGAUUCUCAAAUUUUUGUACUUCAGAGGUUAUUAACAUUGUAUGAUCCAACGAAUCCAGUAAUAAGACCUAGGAUAAUACAAUGUAGACUGCGCCAUAGAACCACUUCUCAAAGUUCUCAAUCUAGUCAAUGUGAUUCUAUAGAUCUCCUUGUAAAUGAGGAUGGCGACGCAUUGGUAGAAGAAAUUAUAGAAACUUUUUUACUAAUUUUAUUGACUUUGAUUUAUAAGAAGUCUACCUUAGAUCAAGAACCUACUAUUGCAUGCAACAUUGAAUUAUUAGGAUUUAAGAAGAGUCAAAAUAAUUCCAAUUCAGUUGCCGAUUUCAAAAGAAGGGCAUUAUGUGCCGGAUACUAUCAUGUUAUUCUUAUCAGAAACGGAAAUGUUUAUACUUGGGGAAGUUCUGUACAGGGAUGUUUAGGAACUGGUCCGUCCCUGUUGUGGUAUGGCACGGCUCAGGAUAUACCUUUCUUUUGGCUGAUGGAGCUCGAAGUUUUCAGCGUAUCGUGUGGCCAUUGUCAUACUUUAGCGGUGACCAAUAACGGUGUUUACGCCUGGGGCUCGAGUCAGUUUGGCCAGUUGGGUUUGGGCAAAAUUGUACAAUGUUCUAGCCCGGAAUUAGUCACAUCUUUGGCUCAAGAAAUAAUCGUCGACGCAGUGGCUGGACAAUAUCAUUCCGUUGCGUUGACCGCUGAUGGGAGAGUCUUUACAUGGGGUUGGGGCGUUCAUGGUCAAUUGGGUCAUGGCAAUACCGAUGAAAAAAAUACUCCUACGUUAGUGGCCUCGUUACUUGGUGUAUUCAUACGUUCUAUUAGCGCUGGGCAUGCGCAUACACUAGCUCUCUCAGCGGAGGGUAUCGUGUAUGCGUUUGGAUGUAAUGUUUUCGGACAAUUAGGUAUAGGUAGUAACGUUAAAAGUUCUGUGCCAAUGAAAGUAUCGUUACCAGAAAACAUAUAUCUCGUCACAACUAGAUACUUCCACAAUCUUGCCGUCAGUCACACAAACAAAUUGUACGUAUGGGGAGCUAGCCCGCAAGUUCUACGGUGGCAAGCACAAACUCAAAAGAGGAAUCGAAUAUUGGAGCAGCGAGACGCUAUCGUCAAGCAGUUUGAAAAUAUCGAGGAGUUUGAAAACGUCACAGACCACUCGAGCACAAAUGACACGGGCGAAGAGGCACUGGAAAGUAAUGCACAACCAAAGACGGUAACCAGUACGGAGACGAGAAGAAAACAGUUAGACAUGUGUUUAAAGAACGUCGAAAUCGGGUCACUCGAAGAGAAUCAAGCACAUUUAAAGCCAUCCCUUGUAGAUACGAGUUUAGUGGUAGGAAAUAUUGUACAGAUAUCGACUGGCUGUCACCACAACGCUCUUGUAACGAAGAACGGAUCGCUUUACACUUGGGGACGAAAUUUGGAUGGUCAGAUCGGCAAUGGUACCAAACGGGAGGUAUUAAUUCCCACGCCAUUGUGUUACAAUCCUGCUUCUAUCUUCGCACAAGUACCUCCAAGGCAUAAUGCUCACGAUCGAGGGGAAGAAGAACAUGAAUUAGACGGCGGAGCAAAGAAUUCCACCGCGAAUGAUACAAAUGGAAAUUUAAACGCCGAAUCUAGAUCAUUCCAGACGGAGGGUAACGAAUUUAAGGAAAAAGUAAAUUCUGUAAUUAAAACAGUUGGUGUCUGCUGUGGAUAUGAUUACACAGUGGCUAUACAAUCAGGGGGUACAGUUUUGGCUUGGGGUAACAAUAGAAGAGCUCAGUUAGGUCGUCUUCCUCCCGAGGCACGCUUGGACACCGAGGACAAGCUUGUGUUGAUUAAAAAGAGAGUUGCGCGAAUUCCAAAUCUUAUACACAUAGCUCUGGAUGUGCCUACUCAAGUUCCUAACCUUCCAGCUCCUGUAAUUUCUUAUCUGAGUUAUGACAUGCCUCCUCUGGCGGGUACUGUUCGUCCUUUAAGCGUUAUCGAGAAAACACCAGGUGAAUUAACGUUGCAUUAUGCGCUCGAAUACUUCUACGGCAUGUACGAUUCUUCAAGAGUCAUGGAUAAGUGCAUCGAGUUGGAAAAUUUUCAAGCUUGCUCAAAAAUAGCUAUGCUACAGCAUAAUAUUUCUGAUGCAUUCGUCUACCAACUAAAGAUAUUGCGCGCGCUGAGCCUUCGAUCUAACUCGAAAGUAUCAUCGGAAAGUGUAUGCCACGAGACAGACCAAAAGACUGCGGACGCAUCUAAUUCGAAAAGAAAGUCUUCGUCGACUCGUCACGUCAAGAAAAAUACCGAACUGUUCAACAAACAAGUAGAAAAGAAUUUGAUCGAUUCCGUUGAAGAUUGCGCUGCUAAGAAUAAGAUGAAAAUUCCUGCGAGCAGAUCGUUGAACAGUUUGCAACUACUACAAGAAGAGCUGUACACGUUCGACUGCCAAGGUGGUUCCGAGGAAUUAUGCAAGGACAUGAAAUGCGAGAAUACACCUUUGGACAUUUUUGAAGACACUUUCGAUUCUGAUAUUAGUUCCGAUUCGGAAGAAUGGAUGGAAAACAUUAUCUUCAAAGACGAUCGGUUACGAAAGCAGGAGAAACCAGUUGAAUCCAAUGUUGAUAAUUCGUUAACUUCCACCGUGAAAAACGAAGGAACAGAUAAAGAGUAUAACGAAGCAUUUUAUGAAAAUAAAGUUUCACAUUCUCGAGAAGAUAUUGUAAUCAACGAAGCUAUAAAAGUGAUUAAGUUCUUCUUAAGGGAGAUGGAAACGGAAACGGAUACGGUGAAGUGUAAAAUAUUACAGGAUGCUCUGGACUUCUGGAUUGAACACAAUUUACCAAUGCAGAGUAUAGAGAAUGUGUUUUUGGAACAUAUCCAGUCGAUUUUUUAUCCUCUCGGAUUAUUAUUAUUCUGUCAAGAAAUAAUGGAGAAAUACUUGGAUAUGAACAAGAAUGAUACGGAAGUUAAAAGUUUGAUCGUAAUUAACUUCUUCUCUACCAAAUUCUGUCUUGAAGUCUGUUCCAUGUUGUUGCAUCAUAUCGGUCAAGGUCAACAUACACCUGAAUUUAUUAAACUACUGUCUUCUUUAACGGCUGACCAUUAUGGGCCACCGCUCACUGGAUAUCCAGGUUCGAGUGGAAAUAGUACUUCGAAACAAAUGAUAGAAGGAGUUAUGAGCACCGUGUCGUUUGACGCUCCCGAUUCUAGGUCGUUUGUACAUAUUAAGGAUCCAGAUUCGGUCUACCGAUUCCUCGCGGCUGAAGAAGAUACGAUGGUAUUCACAUGUGGACAUCAUUUCCCACUGUCCAUGUAUGAAACAGAAGUGAUUCCGACAAUGCAAACCGAGUUGUUAACAUCCGAUUCGCUGGUUCUUCCGUGUACAGCUCAGUACUUAGAGAAAAUGUUAUCUGAGACGUCUAAGCCAGAAAUACUGUGUCCUUCGUGCAUACCGCGAGCACUGGGAUCGCUGGUGAAGAAGAAUAAUGGAUGAGAAGUAUGUACCUGAGAUUUUAUUUAAAAAAUAUAAUUGUUAUACAGUUUUUUCUUAGAUACUUAAAGGGCUCAAGUUAUACACGCGAAAUGAACGUUUAAAUUGAUUGUAAGGAACUAAAACACUAAAGACACAAAUUCAGCAUUCAUUUUAGUAUUUAUUAAUGUAACAAAGCAUUUCAAUUGACAAAAUACUUUUCCUUGUAAUUGAAACGUUGUUCUCGAAAAGCAUUACAAAGUACCAACAAGAUUAAAGCUCUCUAUAUCAUUUACAUAAUAUUUUUUACAUUAUCUAUAUCCAAAGGGAAUUUUUCAUAGGCGAAACAAAUUUAUUGACUGCAUUACUAAAUGCGAAUAAUUAUAGUGUAUUAAUUUUGUUAUUAUUCAAGACUCGCGCGGUCUUAUUAAAUAUCAGGAUUACUUCGUUACGCACACUGAAAUUUAACAUAUUCACUGUGAAAGCAGACUCCAUGUGUUCGCCAAUCAAAUGGUGUUGUUUCGAAUAUCUUUUGCUAUAAAAUCUUUUAAAUUACAAAUUGAAACAACGUUGAACUUUAACAUUUCUGGUCUAAAUUGAUAAACAUUACAAAAGUAGGGAAGUCGUAAUAGAAUAUGUCUUUUUUAACCACUUUCCUUCUCUUCUCUUUAUAUGUACAAGUAGUAUGACUGUCGGUCCGAACGCUAAAAACUAAAAUUAUACCGAAUCAAUAUUGAUGAGAUUUUCAUUUUUACUUUGCUGCACGUUGCAGCUGAAAAUUAUUUUGGCUCGUCGCAAACUGCAUUUUGAAAGUUACAUUGUUGUUGUUUGACGAUGCAGUGUGUGUAUGCACCAUCGAAGGGUAUAUGUACAUUUUUUAUUAUAACAAUUUAUUUACACUUAGCCUCGUCUGGGGCAAUCAGUAAAUGUGAUGAAUGUUAGUUGAGUUGCGGAAAGGUGAUACACGCUGGUGUCCCUUUUUAAGAUGAAUAUAUGUAAGAAAGUUUCACGUAAACAAAUUUUCGAAAUAAUUUGGAUGGUAGAGAUAGGUAAGUCUCAGGAAAAAUACCAAGGCUGUUUGAUAUCCUGACGUUUUGAUAAUUCACUCGGGCGAAACCGGGUAACAGUGCUAGUUAGUAUGUAAAAUGUAGAAACGUUAGAGGCCGGGAGUAUUAUAUUUUAAAAGUAAUAAACGUUCAUCAUUCAGAUACAACGAUUUAAAAUUGAAAAAUACAAAAUAAAGAUUAUUGCUUUUUAUACCUUUUUUCCGAGGGAUUCUUAUUCACUCAUUGACGUGAUACUAUACAAAUCUUAUUUUAAUUAGCGAACGUCGUAAGACCAAUUAUUUUUAACAGUAUAGUGACGUACUGUAUAAAUUUUGAGCUGACUUUUGCAAUGUUAAUUGAAAAAAAUUUGUUAUUAGAAAUUGUUUUACAUUUGACUUGUACUCUGUAAUAGUUUUACCAAUUUAACUAUUUCGUAAAAAUUGACUACUACUUACGAAGUCAUUUAGUGUUUUAUGAUAAUUACGACGUAUGAACAAUUUUAAAUGAAAGAUCAAGAUGUCGAAUAAUAUGAAAACGGCUAUAAAAUUAAUAUGUUAUCCAUGUAUGGAAUUUGUGAAUGUACUUGUUAAUCAAACAUAUUAAUCAUUCUAAAGAUACGAUAUACAAUUGUACAGUAGUUGUUAUAUCAAUGUUGUAAAAUAGAAAAAAAGUGGAAGUAGGGAAUACAUGUAGUUAUUGUCUAUAAUUUGCAAUUAUAAAAAAAUUGGUGCGAAAUACUAACGACUGAUGACAAAUAUAUUGAUCUAGUCUUCAAAGUAUAUGCCAGAAUUGUAUAUUAGUAGGCGAUCUUAUCAGAGGUCGGGACAAAUGUCUCGGUUAUAUAUUAUAAAUAAUGUAUUAUUGUUAUUCUUCGUCGACGUGCGUCUAAUUUUAAUUAGAAUAUCGAUGUAUCGAUAUAGUAGAAAAAGAAAGAAUCGUAUUUGCAUGUAGACACAUUCUGUUGCAUUUUAAUUGUAAAAGUACACAAAGUGAAAACCCACAAAUAAAAGUAGAAGUAUGUUUGCA